CUGCGGACCGGGGACUAUCUAGUUCCCUCAUUCCGUGGGCACCCCCCCCAACCCGCAGUAAAGAUACCCUGGUCCAUUUCAUAAGCACCUGGAGAAACCGACUCUAGUCUACUUGUAUACCCGUUCUCUGUUAUUUCGACUGUUUGUAUCAUUUGCUUUCUUCGCUUCCCACUCGUCUCGUCGAGGAUCUGAUCUCACGUCCCUUAUCCUGGAUAUCACUUGCACGGCGGACUCGGCCAUGGAAUGUUUGCGCGACUAGGCCACUUAACCCAGGACAACUACGCGCACUUUUGACAGUCGACCACAAUGGUAAUGGAAGACGACGAAGACACCGUCAUGGGAGACGCAGGCGCUCACCACCUCUCCGCCGCCCAUGGCUGGUCCAACAAUGGCCAACUGAAUGGCCGCGCGGAUCCAUCCAUUGCCCCCCCGCUGCUGGGACAGACCAUGAAGCUGCCGGUCUCGGUGCACUCGGGAGACUCGCGGCCUGGGAACCCCCAACCCAGUAAUCAGGAAGUGUCGCCACCGAAGAGCCUGCCCAAGUCCACCGACUCCGGCGACGCGACGACUGAGGAGCAAGACAGCCUUGAAGAGGAAGCCUCCGACUGGCCCGAUGACGAUACCACGGCGCGCACCGGGCUUCCCCUCGCGUCCCUCGCGUCGGGGUUAUGCUACGACGUGCAGAUGCGCUAUCAUUGUGAGGUGCGGCCCACUGCGGACGUCCACCCAGAAGAUCCACGGAGAAUCUACUACAUCUACAAGGAGCUUUGUCGAGCAGGGCUCGUCGAUGACCCUGAGUCGUGUCGACCCCUUGUCUCGCGCCCGCUCAAGCGUAUCGAUGCUCGCAACGCCACGGAGGCGGAAAUCUCGCUUGUCCAUGCGGCAGACCAUUUUGCAUUUGUAGAAAGCACGAAAGACAUGUCUGAUAACGCUCUGAUUGCAUUGGAGCACACCCGCGAUUCCAUAUACUUCAAUAAACUGACCUUUGCGUCCUCGAUACUGUCGGUUGGAGGCGCGAUUGAAACAUGCUUAGCUGUCGCAACUCGCAAAGUCAAGAACGCUAUCGCAGUCAUUCGGCCCCCUGGACAUCAUGCCGAACAUGACAAGACCAUGGGCUUCUGUCUGUUCAACAAUGUCUCCAUAGCGGCACGCGUCUGCCAGCAGCGUCUAGGAGACGAAUGCAGGAAGAUUAUGAUUCUGGAUUGGGAUGUUCAUCAUGGAAACGGCAUUCAGAAGGCCUUCUACGAGGACCCCAAUGUUCUAUACAUUUCACUCCAUGUGUAUCAGGAUGGCAAGUUCUACCCUGGAGGCGAUGAGGGUGACUGGGACCACUGCGGUGAAGGCGCUGGCCUCGGAAGAAACGUGAAUAUCCCUUGGCCCAGCCAGGGAAUGGGUGACGGGGAUUACCUGUAUGCGUUUCAGGAGGUCGUGAUGCCAAUUGCGCAAGAAUUUGACCCGGACCUGGUUAUCGUCGCAUCUGGAUUUGAUGCCGCUGUAGGCGAUGAGCUUGGAGGGUGCUUUGUCACACCAUCGUGCUACGCUCACAUGACGCACAUGCUCAUGCGGCUCGCGAAUGGCAAAGUUGCCGUCUGUCUCGAGGGAGGAUACAACUUCAGAUCAAUCUCCAAGUCAGCCCUUGCUGUCACGAAGACCCUCAUGGGCGACCCGCCUGACAGAAUUCACACCACCACGCCUUCGACAGUCGCAACCACUGCCGUGCGUCGUGUGAUGAUGAUCCAGUCGCGCCAUUGGCACUGCAUGCAUCCGAAGGGGCCCGAAGAGGGCGGGGUGUACACCGACAGGCUUCAUGAUGUCAUUCGUGGCUACCAAACCAAACAGCUUUACGACAACUACAAGCUCACGUCUCUCUACAUCUACCGCAGCGCCAUCUCCAAGUCAUUCGAGAAUCAAGUUCUAGCCACUCCGAACUAUCACCAAGCCGUGCCUCUGCUCGUUAUCUUCCAUGACCCCCCCGAGAUCAUGGGCCUGCCCCAUCCAGUCACCAACAAGCUGGAGGCUCACAACUGCUGGCUGGCUGAUGUGAUGAAGGACUACAUUGGCUGGGCCGUCGGCAAGGGGUAUGCCGUCAUCGAUGUCAACAUCCCCAAGCAUGUGACGACGGGUCCUUCAUCCCACAAAUACCAAGAAGAGGACGAAAACCGACCCACCGCCACCGAAGAACUGGCCGCGUACCUCUGGGAUAACUACAUCGAACCCAACGACGCGCGCGAAAUCUUCUUCCUCGGCAUCGGAAAUGCCUUCUACGGCGUGGCCAACCUGCUGAUCAACCGCGAGACAUUGUACAAGCGUGUCAACGCGGUGGUUUCUUUCGUCGCCGAGAACCCUGUUCGCGCCAUCGCCUCGCACACCCAGGUCUGGCUUUCGCGGUGGUACAAAGAUAACUCCCUCGUCUUCGUCUCCCACACCCACGGCGUCUGGAACAGCGACGAGUCCCGCCGCAAGCCCUCCAAGCGCUAUGGCCACCUCCUGCAGUCUCCGAAAUCCGGGCUCAGCGAGAUGCUCAUGCACCACAAGGAGGAGGUGUUCGAGUGGAUUGCCGAGCGCGCGGACGUGCAUGAUAGCGAGGAGACCGAGGAGGAGAAGUUCCUUCCUCCGCCGGCGAAGCCGGCCAAGAGUAAGAGUCGAUCGCCGGUGAAGGAGGGUCAUAAUUGAAUCUGGAUGCAAAUGUGAAUGUGAAUCUAAACCCGAUUCUGAAUUGGGAAUUGGGGAUGAUGAGGAUGUGGAUUGGGUUACUUGUGCAUAGACGGGAUGAUAUGAGGUGGAUACUUAGGUUGGGGAUUGGAUCAAGGGGUGUGGUAGUGGUGGUAAGGGAUGGCACAUGUACCCGUAGCCGGAUAAGAUAGGAUAGGUGGUGGUGGUGGUGUCUAGAUGAUGAUAUGCAUUUUCUUUCGUUUCUUU